AUGGGGGCGGGUACCAGUGAGCCGCCCGUUCUGGGUGCCCCGCUGCAGCCGAGGCGAGGAUCGCCACCGGGGCGCGCGCAGGCCGCGGGGGCGCGCUCCGGCCUCCCGGCCCGGGCCCCGGCGCCGCUUACCCGGCUCGCGACGGCCGCCCCCGGCGGGAACGCUAAAGGGGCGGAGGGUGGGGACGCGGGGAGCCUCGCCUGCUCUCUUCUGUCCCGAAGUAACGGCCCGGCGAGGAGCUUCGGGAUGGACGCGCACAGACGCUCCCGCGCGACCGAGAAACUUAAUCCCGCCCGGCCACCGGCGGCCCGACGCCAGCUUCAGCCGCCGUCGCCCCCUCCCCCUGCGCGCGCCGCACUUGCGCCGACCGGGGCUGCCGCGGAGGCGGCGGCGUUGGCGGCCGCGAGGCUCGGGCCGCCCGGGCUGCGUGACGCCUGCGGCCGGCGGGGCGGCGGGCGCGCCUCGGCCAAUCAGGGGGCGCGGCCCAGCCGGCCGGCCCGGGGUUUAAACCAGCUCGGCGGGCGCUCGGCUAGGAUGUGGGGAGUGGGCUCCGCGAGGUUGCUGGGGGAAAGCCCCGUUUAA